AUGGCAUCAAGUGAAGACAGCGACUAUUACAAGCUCCUCGGCGUGAGCCGCGGUGCCACGCCCGAGGAAAUCCGCAAAGUGUACCGGCGGCUCGCCCUCCUCCACCACCCGGACAAGAACCCGGGCAGCGUGCGGGAGGCGACGGCAAAGUUCCAGCGUAUCCAGGCCGCCGUGGAGACGCUCUGCGACCACAGGAAGAGGGCCGCGUACGAAAUAGAGUUACGCCAGCGAGAGAGGAAGAGGAAGAGGGACGAGAGCUGCAGGCAGAGGGAACACAAGAGGAAGAGGGAAGAAGGACGUCAAGAGGAGACCCAUCACCGAGAACAACGGAAGGAUAAGUGGAGAAGGAAGCAGGGAGAAGAGAGGCGGAAGAGGUAUCAGAGAAGGCGGCGACGGCAAGGAACAAGCUACCGAUGUGACGAUGACGACGAAGACUUGCAAGAUGAUGUUCCUGAGGAAGAGAACAACGAGGAAAACGAAUGCACGGAAGAGAGUUCUGACGAGAAAGAGGAACGCGUGUACCGGGCAUAUGAACACGACUCAGAUUACGAGGCGGAGACGGAUGAAGGCUCCGGUUCCUGCAGCGACUACGAGUCCGAGGAAUCGUCCGAGCUGGAGACUCCAUCUGAGGAAGAGUCUGAGUCAGAGUCUUUCCACCAACAAGACUCCGACUACGACCCCGAGUCCGAGGCGACGAGUGACUCUUCCAGCGAAGAAGAGUCAGACGUGGAGGCCAAGAGCGAAUCCUCCUCCGAAGACGACGACGAGGAGGAGGAGGAGGAGGAGGAGGAGGAGGAGGAGGUAGAACAUGAAGAAGCGGAGAAACAGUUUGAAGGUGAAGAUGGUGAUGUAGAAGACCGGCACGAGGAGAGGCAUGACAAAAGAAAGAGAGAGGAUGAGGAUGAAGAAGAGUUUAGACAUCGUGAAAAGAAUAUGAGAGGAGAAAAAGAAGAGUCCGAAGACAAAGGGAUUGAUGAGGAAGACCACAUCGAAAAGAGACAUGAGAAAAGGAAGAAACGAGACGAAGAUGAAGAAGAGUUUAAACAACAAGAGGAGGAAGAGACUGAUGCAGAGAGUGAUAUAUCCCCCGAAGAAGAGGAGGAAGAGAAGCAUGCAGAGAGUGAUAUAUCCUCCGAAGAAGAGGAGGAAGAGAAGGAUGCAGAGGGUGAUAUAUCCUCCAAAGAAGAGGAGGAAGAGAAGGAUGCAAAGAGUGAUAUAUCCUCCGAAGAAGAGGAGGAAGAAAAGGAUGCAGAGAGUGAUGUAUCCUCCGAAGAAGAGGAGGAAGAGAAGGAUGCAAAGAGUGAUAUAUCCUCCGAAGAAGAGGAGGAAGAGAAGGAUGCAGAGAGUGAUAUAUCCUCCGAAGAAGAGGAGGAAGAGAAGGAUGCAAAGAGUGAUAUAUCCUCCGAAGAAGAGGAGAAAGAGAAUUACGCAGAAAGUGAUAUAUCCUCCGAAGAAGAGGAGGAAGAGAAGGAUGCAAAGAGUGAUAUAUCCUCCGAAGAAGAGGAGGAAGAAAAGGAUGCAGAGAGUGAUGUAUCCUCCGAAGAAGAGGAGGAAGAGAAGGAUGCAGAGAGUGAUAUAUCCUCCGAAGAAGAAAAGGAAGAGAAGGAUGCAAAGAGUGAUAUAUCCUCCGAAGAAGAGGAGGAAGAGAAGGAUGCAGAGAGUGAUAUAUCCUCCGAAGAAGAGGAGGAAGAGAAGGAUGCAAAGAGUGAUAUAUCCUCCGAAGAAGAGGAGGAAGAGAAGGAUGCAGAGAGUGAUAUAUCCUCCGAAGAAGAGGAGGAAGAGAAGAAUGCAGAAAGAGAUUAUGAGAAGGAUGCGGAGAGUGAUGUAUCCCAUGAAGAAGAGGAGGAAGAGAAGGAUGCGGAGAGUGAUAUAUCCCCCGAAGAAGAGGAGGAAGAGAAUGAUGCAGAGAGUGAUAUAUCCCCCGAAGAAGAGGAGGAAGAGAAGCAUGCAGAGAGUGAUAUAUCCUCCGAAGAAGAGGAGGAAGAGAAGGAUGCAGAAAGUGAUGUAUCCUCCGAAGAAGAGGAGGAAGAGAAGGAUGCAGAGAGUGAUAUAUCCCCCGAAGAAGAGGAGGAAGAGAAGGAUGCAGAGAAAGAGGAGGAAGAGAAGGAUGCAAAGAGUGAUAUAUCCUCCGAAGAAGAGGAGAAAGAGAAUUACGCAGAAAGUGAUAUAUCCUCCGAAGAAGAGGAGGAAGAGAAGGAUGCAAAGAGUGAUAUAUCCUCCGAAGAAGAGGAGGAAGAGAAGGAUGCAAAGAGUGAUAUAUCCUCCGAAGAAGAGGAGGAAGAAAAGGAUGCAGAGAGUGAUGUAUCCUCCGAAGAAGAGGAGGAAGAAAAGGAUGCAGAGAGUGAUGUAUCCUCCGAAGAAGAGGAGGAAGAAAAGGAUGCAGAGAGGGAUGUAUCCUCCGAAGAAGAGGAGGAAGAGAAGGAUGCAGAGAGUGAUAUAUCCUCCGAAGAAGAGGAGGAAGAGAAGGAUGCAAAGAGUGAUAUAUCCUCCGAAGAAGAGGAGGAAGAGAAGGAUGCAGAGAGUGAUAUAUCCUCCGAAGAAGAGAAGGAAGAGAAGGAUGCAGAGAGUGAUGUAUCCCCCGAGGAAUAG